UCUUUUUAUUUUUUAUAAAGGCGUUCGAAAAUUCGCUCUAUAACUGAUGAAUUUACGAACGCUCAACGCCGGUUGAAUAGGACCGUUGUCAGCAAACAACGGCAAAAAAUAAGCUUAAUUCAAUUGUUGCCAGCAGCACAGUUACAGUCACCAACGCUCUGGAUAACAUGAAAACCGCAUAACCAGCUCUGCUAGGACAAUCUUUCUACAUGAUUACCUGAUUGGUCAAUCUACACCCACGCCAAGGAAGUGUAAACAGAGCUCUUCCGGUCACUGUUUGGUUUGAAUCGAAGAAGGCUGUUUUGGUCCCGGAUACUUUUUUCAUGGCACUUCGAUACAGUGAUUUUCAUAGCAGAAUGUCAGUAAGGAGGAUAUUAGAGGCAGUUUAGUCAACAAGAUGAAGAUCAAACAACGUUCAAAAACUACGCCACUGCACAAAAAAACCAUGGGGACUAAACGCCAUGGAAACCUGGGUAUAACACAAACAGAACAUGACCCACAGUCAGGAGAUGACUCCACCGGCAGAGAUGAAUCAGAUUGUACCCAAGCACUCUCAAAGAGCACCAGUUCAAAUCAUCAUUCAGAUUCUAGUCCACUCCACAAGGAUCCUGUGGUAGUGCUAACCAGGUUGGCUGAGGUGGUGGUUAAGACACUUCUGAGAGACAUUAAAGUUUGUUUGGUGAAGGAGGUGACGGCUGUCAGGAGGGAUGAAGAAAACCAUGGAGGUUCUCCUCAGUUCUUUCCUUGUCCACACUGCACCAUCUCCUUUACUGACUGUUACUUCCUGGAGAACCACAUCAAGACCAAACACCAGAAGCAGUACCUGGCCAUGUUGAGAAGCCAAGUCUCAAAGAGUAAAAGAGUGUAUGGCCCCACACACCGCUGUCCCCACUGUAGCUGCAUGUUCCAUACACCACGACAGCUAGACAUCCACACCCGCCAAGCCCACCCCUCUGCCCGUCCCCAGAAACCUGCCCCUCCCCGGAGAACUGGCCGUCCCCACAGGGUACAGGAGAAAUUCCACACCUGCCCACAGUGCUCCCGCAGAUUCAAGUACCUGGGCAGCCUGCUGAAGCACUGCAAGAGUUUGCACAAAAUGGCCGUUGUUCUCACCAAUGGACACAUCAGUUGCGCAGACUGUGAGAAGAGCUUUGAGAAUUGCUGGGGCCUCGGGCCUCACCGGUGUCACGAACCAGAGGGCAAUAAACCUAAGGACGCUAAACAGAUGGUCAUUAAGGAAGUCGGCUUCCAAUGCUUAGAUUGUGGCAAAAUCCUCACUACUCCUACAAGCCUGAACACUCACAUGCGCAUCCACACUGGAGAAAAGCCUUAUGUCUGCAAGGAGUGUGGCAAGCGCUUUUCAGAUACCAGCGCUUACCGUUAUCACUUGUUAAUACACAAUGGGGUCAAGCCAUUCAAAUGUCAGGACUGUGGGAAGGCUUUCAAGCAGAAGUCGCUCCUCAGGAAGCACAUGACUGUUCACUCUGGUGAGAGGAAGUACUCCUGCUCCCAAUGUGACAGGAAGUUUGCAUACAGGGAGAGUCUGAAGCUUCACCUGCGCACACACUCUGGGGAGAGACCUUUCAAAUGUACUGUCUGUGGUAAAGAUUUUGCUGACAAAGGUUAUCUGAAGACUCAUCUGAAGAUCCACAGCAACCAGAAAAACUACCAUUGUGGGGUUUGUGGGCAGAAAUUCAUAAGGAUUGGGGUGCUGAACAUACACCUGCGCUCACACACCGGUGAGAGGCCUUACCACUGCACAGUGUGUGACAAGCAGUUUGCCCGACUCGACCACCUGAAGAACCACCAGCGCACUCACACAGGUGAGAAACCAUACACCUGUACCGAGUGCAAUAAAAGCUUCACUCAGUCUGGAGAUCUAACUAAACACAGGCGCCUCCACACUGGGGAGAGGCCAUUUGAAUGUUCUGAAUGCCACAAACGCUUUAUCUGCUCUGCUUCUCUGACCCUGCACAUGAGGACCCACACUCACCGUGACGUAAAGCCAUACUCCUGCCAAGAGUGUGGGAAAAGCUUUUAUGAACAGAGUCAUGUGAACGGCCACAUGAAAAUCCACAAGGGGAAACGUUAUUCCUGCCCCCACUGCUUUCUCAGCUUUGCUCGCAAGUCCAACCUCUCCAAACACCUGCUUAGACGUCAUAAACCUAAAUGAUAAUGAUGUAUAUUAAAAUAGCACCUUUUAUGAAACUCUGUUACUCUUAUGAAUUAAAUGGAGGGGAGUCUGAUCUCUUUUGUCUGUGAUCGAUGUGUGACAUCAAAUUCUAACUCAAUUUUGCCCCAUGUUUAUGAUAAAGCUGCAAUGUUUUAACAAUCCUCCAGUAUGGUCACAGUGAGCCCCAUGUAUUGGGACAGUGACACGUUCUGUUUCUCCUGCAGCGCUUUGGAUUUGAAAUGAUACAACGAUUGAGGUUAAAGUGCAGACUCCGCUUUAAUUUGAGGGUAUUUUCAUCCAUAUCGGGUGAACCGCUCAAAGAACAGGUUUUUUUUGUACAUAUCCCCCCCCCCAUUUAAGGGAAUGGUUACAUUAUUUGGUCCCAUAUUCCCAGCAUGCAAUGCUUACAUUAAGCUUGACUGGAUGCGUUUGCUGUUUGUUUUGGUUGUGUGUCAGGGUAUUUUGUGCUCAAUAGAAAUUCAUGGUAAAUGUAUUGUCACUAUUAUAAAUUAGAAUAGUGUGGUCUUCUAUAUUAGUGGCUACCAUGAUUACGGAUAAAACUGAAUGAAUUGUGAUUAAUGAGUGAAAGUAAGAGGCAUAAAUAUCAUACCCCUUCAAAAUGCUAACCUCCCCUGUCAUUGUAAUGGUAAGAUGUUAGCAUGUCUUGGGGGUUUGAUACUUGUGCGUCUGUACUCUAGCUUUCUCACUCAUUAUUCAGGACUAUCCGUAAUCAUUGUAGCAUCCAACAGGUUUGUAGAGUAACAACCUUGUUGUAAUCAAUAUGUGCUAGGACAAUGGGACCAAAUACUACACUUUUGACUACUGUUCAUAUGGAUAAAAAUACUAAUUAAAGCUGACUGUCUACACUUUAACCUAAUAAUCAUUGUAUCAUUUCAAAUACAACGUCUGGAGGUACAGAGCCAAAAGAACAAAACAUAAUUCACUGUCCCAAUACUUUGAGCUCUUUUGUUAAUAUUAUUGCUCUUUUGUUUUAUGGAUGUUUGCAUUUAACCAGUUCAAUGUGAGCUACAUAAUCCCCAAAAUUAGUUAUCAUGAGGGCCAUAAAUGGUAACUAGUAAUGUUGCAUACUCAAAGAAAGGUAAAUCUCACUUCUGGUCAAAAAAUUGAAGUUAAAUUGCUGAGGUCAAUUCUGAGGACACAAGCUCAAGUACACAGUACAAAUAUGUUAUAGAUUUCCUUAUCAACAAAAUUGUAUGAAUAAUGCUUGAAAUGACUUAUGUGCUUUCUAAAUAUAGCAUAAAUAAAUUAUAAAAUGACGUUCACCUCAUAACUGUAAAUAUCAUAUUUGUAUGUUUAGUGUUAGAUAUUUUCUACAGGUUUCUCUUGAUCAAAGUGUUUGACCCCAUCGCUGUGGAAGUUUCACAGCGCUCUAGAUUGCCUUCAUGAACUCGUUAGGAACUCUCCAUGUUAAUCUUUUUUGUUUAAACUGUAUUAAUUGUUUUAGAUUAUUGGCUAUAAAUCGAUCUCUGAAUGUGCUACUGUAAUGAAACCACUCUCCUGCUGCGCUAUGAUGUAAGGAUUCAGGCAUGUGCUUUGUCAGUAGCUGUGAUUAUAGGGUUCAGCCAGGAGUUGGACAGUUGGAAGAGUGAUUGAAAUGGUAGAAGGGACAUCCCAGCUUCAAGUGGUGUUAGAUUUCACAUCCUACAUCACGCAGGGUUGGAACCGGUACCAGAACCACACAGGUCCCCCAAACAAGGGACCUUAUUUCUAAGAGGUUAUAAACACCAGUUUAUUCCAUUUUAUUUGUUCGGAUGGUUUUAUGACUGAUUGUCCUGAUGAUCAGUAGGCGAUAAAUUCUGAAAGAUUGUCAGUUUUCUUUGCUUUGUGUUUGUAGUGUAUUCCUUGAUUUGGAACAAGAGGAUAAUUUAUUUAAAGGUAACUCUGAUACUAUUGUUAUAAACAUGCCAUUUAAUUAAAGUUAAUUACAUAGACCACA